AUGUCCACCGACACGUUGGCACGGGUAUUUCUGCCGGUCUUCCUUGUCUGGACCGGCGAUACUCAUCUAUGCAUUUCUCCGGAUAUCCUAUUCCAAGAAAGAAGUCCUUCAUAAGAACUGGUCUCCUCAUCGACAGUAUCAGAAGAACAGAUUCUAGUGCCUAUGUCGAGCAUGCACAGAACCAAGUUUCGUUUUCUCUGAACUGGAAAGAAACUGAGGAAGCGGUUUUUCGAUAGACUGAUCUCUUACCGGAAGCAUCUGCCCGUCUAAGUACGGAAGGCAAUUUUCAAAAAAUACAGGCCUUUGAAUAAACCACCGCUACAUUUAGUCAGGAGGGCAAGGAAAUUUCAACCAAUGGGGGCGGCGAAUAAUAAGUGAUGUUUACAGUCGCACAGAAUUUUAGUGUACAUAUUAGAGUUGCCGGCUUCGUGGAGUCCUACACCCUACCGUUACACAACUUUUAAAGCCCCAUGCAAACCAUGCCUCCGAAAGCACUUAAAGCCCCUUUUUUUCAGUUUCACAGCUAAAACCCCUUGUGGACGUCACUAGACCCAAAUUGGACAAAAUUGCGGCGGAAACGCUUCGAGAUCGCCAACAACUGACGGAUACGGAGCAGCAAGUCUUAGCAGUUGAGAAACGAUACAAUGAGUUUGAGGGGACAGCCAAUCUUGCUGGUAAGUUUAUAAGCCUGACAACCAGGACUUCGUUCUCUCCGUUUUGGCAUUUUACAGACACGCGCUUUGGCUUGUACCGGCUGGGGGCGGUAGGUGUACUCAGUGCGCCACAAUAACCACGACCCAGUCCCACUUUAGAGGAGAAGGGGAAAGGCACAAAUAGGAGUAGUGUAUUCUGUGGAGUUUGUGAACGCCUGUGAUUGGCUAUCCUCAUGGCUAAAUGUGCUCACUUUCUUGCGCUCGAGAGCUGUGAUCACAUGAUUCCCAGCGCGGUGUGGGUGCCAGAGAAAGAAGAUUGGAUCGCCUUCGAGGCUUUACAGGCCCUAAAAGUAGACAGGUUCAAAUUAUGAGCAAAAUAAAAGUAGUCGAGGGUAACUUCUUUGCUGUCAUCAGCCGAAAGUUCCCAGCCUUUGGCUGCCUGAGCCACGAACACAGGUGUUUUCGGAGAAUGUUCAAAUUCGCACUGGUGUGGCUUCUACCUACCUCUCCUCAUUUCGAGUUUGAGCAAUUAUUUGCAGUGUGACUACCGGUAUUGACUAGGACUAUAAACCUCCAGGCAACAUAACACCAAAUAGCAGGAUUGUCAGUUCAAACACCUACACAAGGAUAACUUGUUCUUGUCGGGUCUUUCAUAGACGAUGCUUAUUGCUCUUCAAAUAUGCUGAACUAUGCUUAUCUAUCAUCUCAGUUGACCGAGCCAACGACACACAGAACCGUCUGAUCUCGAGUCUGGAGGCCACGGAAAGACGGUUCAGCGAGCUGGAAGCAAAACUGGCUCUGCCUCGUCGACUGGCUGCCUAUGCUCGAUCCCUUCUUGAUAUGGCCUACGCCGGUCUUGGACGCGAUCCACUUCCGCUGCGACUGGACGGUUCAGACUGCGUGUACACAUUUGUGCCCUAUCAGGUCACAAAGUCACGGGUCUUCGACCUGCAAUUCUGGUACACCGCGACCCUCGAGCGGGUCUCUGGUCAGAAGGCUCAACAGAUUCGAUCCAACGCUGUGCUCAUGGUGGGAAGACGUGCGUUCCCCGGUAAAACCGUAAUGUUUGCUGUUACCGUUGAAGCCGACGGUACCCUCCGCUUCUCUUGGUCGCUACCGCGAGCCAGGGACGGCGCCAACUACGUCAGUCUUGGACCACUCAACGGGACGGCCACUAAUAGGGUAGGUUGAGGACAGUUAACGUACGUAUCUUUAACAUUUUACAUUUUGCUAGUUGAGCAAGAAUCAGUGCGACUGAAUGAUCAUUAGCAGCAGGGCCGCUGUAAAAUGUACCGGUAAGUGUUGUGUCGAGGAGGAAGACGGAAGCCACACAGAGGUCGAGGAACCAACUGCUCUCAGGCCAGUGGCCUGCUUAUCCUGAACCCUAGAAACUGAUCAGUUUAAAGAGGCGCAUAUGUUGCCCUGGCGUAAUAUAACCGCAUCUUUUUAAACCGGGUAGCCUGUACUUGUCUAGAAUUAAUCGAUACAUCUUGUAGACCUGAACUUGUGGUACAAAUGUCAGGUAUAAUUCCUGAGGGGGACAUAUAUAUAUAUUGAAUUUGUAUACAGUAUUCGUGACAUUUCUAUGCAUUUUCAAGCCAAAUUAAUAGGCAGUUCAUAAAUGUGACAGGGAGUGUAUUCUGUUAGGUGGUUUUUAUGCACUUUAAAGUCUUAAAAUCGCCAACAUUUUUUGAGAUCUACAGUCUGCACCUAGAAUCUCAACUUGGAUGGAAAUGGGCCGCAUAAUUCUGACUUUUCAAGUGGUUCAAUCCAUCAGAUUUCUUUUUUUUAAUUAGUUCGGUGCAACGCUUGAUGACCACGGCCAACAGCAUGAGUGAUUUUAACACAUCGAACGUCCAUGUUUCCCCUCUAGGUGAGGAUCACUGCCGUUCCAGGCGAAGUUAACAUGUACUUGCAAGAGAUUCCCGAAGGCGUUUCGUCGCUGCAAGGUCUGGCAAUUCAACGAGCUACCUUCGUGGAUAAGAGCAGUACCGCCAUCUCUGAUCUCACUAUCGACAACCUGCUUGAACUUCGCGUCGGUGGACCUGCUAGCCAGGACAUGGGCGCCGACGAACCGCCAAUGGAAGCGUGGGGGGAGAACGGUGCUGAGGAGUUGUGGGCAAAGGUGCAACACAUGGGCAAUUCCCUGGGUUGUCUCUUCAAUCUUCGUCUCUCCGGACACAUGAUAGGCUUCCCAGACCUGGCAAAUGCCAGUCGUUCAUGUGCCCCCAAGGGCAAAGAUCUAUGCAAAAUGUAAGUGCUACCUAAACUUUAUCAGUAGGUGAUUUGUUUAAAUUGUACAAGUUUACGUUGGAGGAUACCUUCCUUUCAGACAAACUAACUUCCGCCCACUUGUCCGUGAUGGUUAUGCAUGGCAAAGGGAGAGUCCUCUGGAGGACGGCCUCGAGCCACAUCCACGACCUGGCAUAGAGGCCAUACAAGAUCCCAUAGUUGAUCGUCUAG